AUGUCAAAUGCUGUGGGCACUGGCCAGGAGAGUUUGUCCCAGGAAGUUUCGCAUGGGGCAUAUUCUGCAGAUGACCAGGAUAUAUUGAGGAGGGCAUUGGGGACUCCUGACCAUCCUGGUCUUCUUAGGGGUGUCGGUUAUGGAGUCACCAAGAGAGAUUACUUUGGGUACCGACAAAAGCCCUCUUCAUCGUGCACGCCUUCCUCUGCUGAGUUCAUGGAGCUGAAGGAAGAAACACGCUGGUUAAAGGAGCAGGUUAAAGUGCAAGCGCUCCUAAUCGAGCAGUUGAUCAAGAUACAAGCACCACAGCCGGCUCCGAAUCUCAGCCCAAGUGGCAAAGACAGCUGCACAUUCUCCUUGCUACCUGAGUUGAACACUACUAUUGAUGCGAAUUAUGCCCUCCCGAUUCCCACCCCAGAUGCAGAGACAGUGGCUCAAGCAGUGGGUAGCUUUGUCGCUUGGCCUGGCCGUCUUCUUACAUUAGGACAUCCUUCAAAGUCUAAGGGGAAGAAGAGCCUAUUGGGUGAUCACUCAUUAUCAUCACCACAGAAGCAGCCCUCUGAGCCCGUUCAAGUGGUAUCAUCAAGAUUCCGAAUAUGUCUUGAGGAAUAUGCAAUUGGGGCCAGAUUAGAACAUGGCGAGGAUUUCAUGAUUCCCCUAGAGUUUGAGCCAGAGGUAUACGGUCGACCCUCGUCAGAUUAUGUCACAAAUGAAGUAUUGAAAGAGAUUCUGACGCAUGGAAUGGCCAGCACAAAUGCCUGUAACUUUUAUAUCAGAUAUCUUUUCAAGAACUUCAUAGCCCCUGGUGGCCUUGAUGACAAGUUCAAGAUUCAGCCCCCACACUUUUGCUGGCCACGGACCUAA